AUGGCUUCAGAUCCGGGGCUGGCUGCGAUGCUGCUAUGGACUAUAUCACUACAGGCUCUGGGCACAGCGGGAACUAACAGCAACGAAGUGAAUCUACUGGACACCACGACGAUCACUGGAGACUGGGGCUGGCUAACGUAUCCGUCGCACGGGUGGGAUGCCAUUAAUGAGAUGGACGAGUACUUCAGUCCCAUCCACACUUACCAGGUCUGUAAUGUGAUGAGUCCCAGCCAGAACAACUGGCUGAGGACAGGCUGGAUCCCCCGAGAAGGAGCCAGGAGGAUCUACAUUGAGGUCAAGUUCACCCUGAGAGACUGCAACAGCAUGCCCGGAGUACUGGGCACCUGCAAGGAAACCUUCAACCUGUACUACUACGAGUCUGACAGAGCGGUGGGCUCAGCCAUACGGGAGAACCAGUUCAUUAAGAUUGACACCAUCGCUGCUGAUGAGAGUUUCACGGGGGUGGACCUGGGAGUCCGGAGACUUAAACUCAACACUGAGGUGCGAGGUGUGGGCCCUCUGAGCAGACGAGGCUUCUACUUGGCCUUCCAGGACAUCGGUGCCUGCAUCGCCCUCACCUCGGUGCGGGUCUACUACAAACGUUGCGUGGGCGUGAGCCGCAACCUGGCUGUGUUCACUGACGUGGUGACGGGCGCCGACUCGUCCUCUCUGGUGGAGGUCAGGGGUCAGUGUGUGGAUCACGCUGAGGAGAGGGACACGCCCAAGAUGUACUGCAGCGCCGAGGGAGAGUGGCUGGUGCCCAUUGGGAGGUGUGUGUGCUCCGCCGGAUUCGAGGAGCACAGAGACUCCUGUGUGGCCUGUGAGGUGGGUUUCUAUAAGCCGGUGGCGGGCGAUGGCCUGUGUGGUAAAUGUCCUCAACACAGCCACUCAGAGACCAGAGCCGCCCUCUCCUGCCCCUGCGACUCCAACUACUAUCGAGCAGCGGAUGACCCGCCAGCAGCUCCAUGCUCCCGCCCUCCAUCUGCUCCAGUAAAUGUCAUUUCCUCGGUCAAUGGGACAUCUGUGAACUUAGAGUGGGAUCGCCCUCUGGAUACCGGAGGUCGCAGCGACCUGCAGUACAGCGUGUUGUGUCAGAAAUGCUCGGGGGAAGGAGGGCCCUGCGAGGACUGCGCAUCCUCGCCAGGGGGAACUGGCAAUGGAGGGAAAGCAGGUGGAGUGGCGAGCAUCGGGGCCGGGGGAGGUGGGAUGGUGGAGCGGUUGGGGUCUGCGGCAGUUCGAUUUGUCCCCCGCCAGGCCGGGCUGACGGAGCCCUGGGUGACGGUGCUCAACCUGGUGGCCCACACCAACUACUCCUUCCGCAUCCUGGCCAUGAAUGCGGUGACACACCUGAGCAACGAGCCAUCACUGUACGCCCUGGUCAACAUCACGACAAACCAGGCAGCUCCCUCCGAAGUGUUAGCCAUCCGCCAGGAGAACACCAGUCAGAACAGCGUGACGCUGCUAUGGCACGAGCCCGACCAGCCCAACGGAGUAAUUCUGGAGUAUGACAUCAAAUACUAUGAGAAGGAUAAUGAAGAGCAGAGUUACUCCACUCUGAAGUCUAAAAAUACCAGCGCCAGAGUGUCAGGGCUGAAGCCGGGCACCAAGUACAUCUUCCAGGUCCGAGCCAGAACAUCAGCAGGCUGUGGACGCUUCAGCCAGAAUGUGGAGAUUCAGACUGGGAAAGCAGCUCCCCUGCGCUACAACACCAUGACCAUCAUAUGGAUCUGCAUGGCCCUGGUGUCCGGCCUCGUGACUUUUCUGGCCAUCAUCAUCUGCAGGAAACGGCAAGGCUACACUUUACCACACUACCCAUCGCUGCUACACUGUGGCUACAGCAAAGCUUUCCAGGAUUCCGACGAGGAGAAGAUGCAUUACCAGAAUGGUCACGUGUCAUUCCCCGACGCGAGGUUCUAUAUCGACCCACACACAUACGAGGACCCCUGCCAGGCGGUCCACGAGUUUGCCCGAGAAAUUGAAGCUUCCAGGAUCAAAAUAGAGAAAAUCAUUGGUUCAGGGGAAUUUGGGGAGGUGUGUUACGGGCGUAUGAGGCUUCCGGGGAAAAGAGACAUCCCAGUGGCUCUGAAGACGCUGAAGGCUGGAUACACGGAGAAGCAGAAGAGGGACUUCCUGGCUGAAGCUUCCAUCAUGGCCCAGUUUGACCACCCCAACGUCAUCCGCCUGGAGGGCGUGGUAACACAGAGUAAACCGGUGAUGAUCAUCACAGAGUACAUGGAGAACGGCUCUCUGGACUCUUUCCUCAGGAGACACGACGGCCAGUUCACCAUCAUCCAGCUAGUGGGGCUGCUGCGCGGCAUUGCGGCCGGUAUGACCUACCUGUCUGACCUGGGCUACAUCCACAGAGACCUGGCUGCCCGCAACAUCCUGGUCAACAGCAACCUGGUGUGCAAGGUGUCUGACUUCGGCCUGUCCCGAGUGCUGGAGGACGACCCCGAUGCUGCAUACACCACCAGUGGUGGGAAAAUUCCAAUCCGCUGGACAGCCCCGGAGGCCAUUGCCUACAGGAAGUUCUCCUCCUCCAGUGACGUGUGGAGCUACGGCGUGGUCAUGUGGGAGGUGAUGUCGUACGGAGAGCGACCAUACUGGAACCUCACCAACAGAGAUGUGAUCAAAUCUGUGGAAGAGGGCUACAGGCUGCCUGCUCCUAUGGGCUGCCCCGCUGCUCUACACACACUCAUGCUGGACUGCUGGCAGAAGGAUCGCAACGAGAGGCCGCGCUUUUGCCAGAUAGUCACCGUUCUCGACAAGCUAAUCCGCAACCCAGAGAACCUGAAGUCUAUGGACACGCUCUGCAGUUUAAACAGUCCUCCGCUGAUGGAGAGAGCUAUCCCCGACUUCAGUAGCUGUAGCUCAGUAGACGAGUGGCUGGACACUAUAAAGAUGGGCCGCUACAAGGAGCACUUUGCAGCAGGGGGGUACCACACUCUGGGACACGUCAUAGGCAUGAACCAAGGGGACAUCCAGAGGCUCGGGGUGACACUGAUGGGCCACCAGAAGAAGAUCAUGACCAGCGUCCAGCUGAUGAGGGCGCAGGUGCUCAACAAGAGUGUGCCGUCAGUGCACGUAUAA